GAUGUUGGACACAGAAAAUUCUCCUUUGUAGCUGCGCAAUGCGGUAUCUUCUCUUUCCUCUAUCUACCUAUCUGGUUUUAUGAUUUUGAACUAGCGCGCAUGUCUAUUCUGACUGACUCUAUUAGUGCUUUCGCAACUUAUAUUUUGCUCGAUUGAUUCAUAGUUGGAAAUAAUGAACCAAAAUCUCGUUAUCCUGAGCAAUGUCACAAAAAUUAGGAAUCGCAAACAUUUCCAAGGAAACUAUAUCCAAUUUCUGCCAAAUUUCCUGUCGAUCAAGAUUUCAAAAUGGAGGAUACCCAAGUUGUUCCAGACGUUAUAGAAAGCUCUCCUGAAGAAACGCUCAUAGUAAAAUAUGGAUCCAUAGAAUGCACUGCUGGCGAGACCUUGAAACCUGUACAGGUGAGAAGCCCCCCUGAACUGGACUGGGGAGCAGACGACGAAGCCUUCUACACAGUUUGCAUGACAGAUCCUGAUGCGCCAAGUAGGAAAGACCCCAAAUCCAGAGAAUGGCAUCACUGGUUAGUGGUUAACAUACCAGGAAAGAACGUUAAAGAUGGUGAAACCCUCUCUGAAUACAUUGGAGCAGGUCCUCCGAAAGGAACGGGGUUACAUCGCUACGUCUUAUUAGUCUACAAACAGAACGAAAAGAUCAAGUGCGACGAGAAGAAAUUGAGCAGUAACUCAGGAGCCGGCAGGGGAAAGUUCUCCAUCAAGAAUUUCGCAAAGAAAUACGACUUGGGGCAACCUAUAGCUGGAAACGUUUUCUUGGCUGAAUGGGACGACUACGUUCCGAAGCUGCAGAAACAGUUAACUGGAUAAUUUUUUACAGAAUUAUUGAUGCAUCAAACCAAUAAUUGCCUAUUCACGAUAGGUCUGAUUAUGAAUAACAUUCAAUAAAGAAAUCGAUGAGUCAAUAAAAAUUUCGAUGAACUA